AUGCUCGGAAUCUUGUACCAGCUCGUCGUCGUGGCCGCCAUCUGCGCCCUCUCCUGCGGCAGCAUCGCAGUCGCCUCAGUUUUCAAUGCGACCGACGCGUUCCUCGUGUGCCUCGUCGGCGCCGGCGUCCCGCCGCGCCUCCUGCAGACCCCGGCGUCCCCGUCGUACUCUGCGCUGCUGCUCUCCUCCGUGCGCAACCUCCGCUACGUCACGCCGGGCACCCCGCGGCCGCUCGCCAUCGUGGCCGCCGCCGAGCCCGCCCACGCGCAGGCCGCCGUACGCUGCGGCCGCCGCCACGGCGUGCGCGUCCGCGCCCGAAGCGGCGGGCACGACUACGAGGGCCUAUCCUACGCCUCCCUCGACCCCCGCGAGCGCUUCGCCGUGUUCGACCUCGCCGCUCUCCGCGACGUCCGCGUUGACUCCGCGCGCGCCGAGGCGUGGGCCGGAUCGGGAGCCACGCUCGGCGAGGUCUACUACGCCGUCGCCGCCGCCAGCCGCGUGCUCGCGUUCCCCGCGGGGAUCUGCCCCACCGUCGGCGUCGGCGGGCACCUCAGCGGCGGCGGGUUCGGCACGCUGAUGCGCAGGUACGGCCUCGCCGCGGACAACGUCAUUGACGCCGUCCUCGUUGACGCCGACGGGAGGCUCCUGAACCGGACCACCAUGGGGGAGGACCUGUUCUGGGCCAUCCGCGGUGGCGGCGGAGAGAGCUUCGGUGUCGUACUGUCUUGGAAGCUCCGCCUCGUGCGCGUGCCGGAGACAGUCACCGUGUUCACCGUGCGCCGGUCAAUAAGACAGUCCGCCUCGGAUCUCAUCACCAAAUGGCAGGCAAUCGCGCCGGCGCUGCCCCGGGACCUCAUCCUCCGGCUUGUCGUGCAGAACCAGCACGCGCAAUUUGAGGCCUUGUUCCUCGGCCGCUGCAGCCGCCUCCUUGACCACAUGCGAGCUCACUUCCCCGACCUUGGCGUCACCCAAACGGACUGCGAGGAGAUAAGCUGGAUCCAGUCCACCGUGUACUUCGCCUUCUACUCCAGCUCCAAGCCGCUGGAGCUGCUCCUGGACAGGAGCGGCGAGACGCGCAGGUACGUCAAGGCCAAGUCCGACUUCGUGCAAGAACCCAUCCCGCGGCACGUGUGGGAGAACACAUGGUCGUGGCUGGAGAAGCCCGAGGCCGGGCUGCUCAUCCUGGACCCCUACGGCGGCCGGAUGGGCAGCAUCUCUCCGUCAGCGACGCCGUUCCCGCACCGGAAGGGGAACCUGUACAACAUCCAGUACUACUCGUACUGGUUCGAGAAUGGCACUGCAGCAUUGGAGAAGCGGAUGACCUGGGUCAGAGGGUUGUACGGGCAGAUGGAGCCGUAUGUAUCCAAGAACCCAAGAACUGGCUAUAUCAAUUACAGGGACUUGGAUCUUGGGACGAAUGAGUUGGACAAUAAUGUGACUAGCUACGCCAAGGCGAGGAUCUGGGGGGAGAAGUAUUUUAAAGGUAAUUUUGAGAGGCUGGCAGCUGUGAAGGCCAUGGUGGAUCCUGAUGACUUCUUCAGGAAUGAGCAGAGCAUCCCUCCUCUUCCCGCUGCAAAAGGAUGGAGCUCCAUUUGA